AUGCGAUCCCUCGGCUCGCGGCCCCCCGUCAUCCGCAUCGCCAACGGCACCUUUUACCGCCAUCAUCCCAGCUCUCAGUCUUCGUACCGGAAUCCUCCGCUUUUCAGCAAUCUCUCCUUUGAGAUAGCCUCGUCGUCGCCUAGCCCGCGUAACUGGUGCGUCGUCGGGCCCUCUCUAUCCGGGAAAACGACCUUUCUGCAGAUCCUGAGGGGCAGGCUUCUCUGCGAUCCGCCGACGGCGAGGUCGUUUCCCUAUCUGUCUCAGGAUGAGGUGCCGCCGCGGCUGAGGAGCCCGCAAAAGGCCGUGCAGUACGUUGGCUUCGACGCCGAGCAGAAUGCCGGUGCGUUGGGUGGCGCGGGCCAUGUUGCGGCGGCGUACCUGUCGGCGAGGUAUGAGUCGAGAAGAGAGAUCACCGACUUUUCAUUGCGCGACUUUUUGCUUGGAAACACCGAGCUGAAUCCCCUCAAGGCGCCGCUCGGCGGAGACGAGGGUGCCACUGCGGGGUGUCUGCUAGAUCGCGUCGUCACGGACCUCAAGCUGAGACAUCUGCUCGACCUUCCCGUCACCUUUCUCAGCAACGGCCAGGGGCGACGGGCGAGGAUAGCACGUGCUCUGCUCACAAAGCCCGAAGUCGUGCUAUUGGAUGAGCCCUUUAUGGGCCUUGAUCCCCCGACCGUCGCCAGUCUGAGUCCCUCGCUCCAGUCCUUGGCUGCCAAAGCGAGCCCGCGGCUGGUGCUGAGUGCGCGCCCACAGGAUCCUCUUCCGGAGUGGAUCACACACCUGGUCUACCUGAGAACCGACUGCCAGAUUGAGUCCAUGGGCCCCAAGGAGGUUGUCCUCGACGGCUUGAAAAAGUACGUCGAGGGCGUGAAGAAAGGUGGCUUGGUGGAGGAUGAAAAACUGCCCAUCCACUCGCUCCAGGAAGUCGGAAGGAUACUCUCGCCAAAGAUGCAAUCCACUGCCGACAAGGCGACUGCCUCUUCGACGACUGUUCAGGAUCCAAAGAGCUUAGAUUCCAGUGCAGAGCCCUUGGUCGAGUUCGACGGCUGCCAGGUCCGCUACGGCAACAAGGUUGCACUGGGCAAUUGGUCGCAGCAGACGCCGCGAGGGAAACAGGAUGGCCUGGUAUGGAGCGUCCGGAGGGGAGAGCGCUGGGGAGUGUUUGGUCCCAACGGGUCCGGCAAGACGACGAUUGUGUCAUUGCUGGGCUCGGACCAUCCGCAGACGUACUCUCUGCCCAUCAGGCUGUUUGGACGAAGCCGCCUCCCGGAGCUGGGAUCGGGGCUUCCCCCGCUCACGUUUUGGGACAUUCAAUCUCGCAUCGGCCACUCGAGUCCCGAAGUGCAUCAGCACAUGCCGCGCAGACACAGCAUACGGCGUGUGGUCGAGAACGCCUGGGCGCCCACGUUUGGCACGAAGCCGAGGCUCGACGAGGAGGCCCGGCAAAAGAUCGACGCAGCACUGCGCUGGUUCGAGCCCGAACUGCGACCCAACGCGGCGUCUUGCUCGCCUGCGACGCUCGACGGGGGGCUCCGAUGGGCGGACGAUUACAUGCUGGGCGAAGUGUCGUUUAGCGCGCAGCGCGUGGCGCUCUUCAUCCGCGCCGUCAUCAAGAGCCCGGACGUGAUUGUGCUGGACGAGGCUUUUGGCGGCAUGGACGAGGCGGUGCGCGACAAGUGCAUGCUCUUCCUCGCGCACGGCGAGACCAAGGCCUACCGCGCUGGCCGGGCCGUGGACAGCGAGGCGGCGGCGGUCCGGGGCUUGACGGACCGGCAGGCCUUGAUCUGCAUCGCGCACGUCAAGGAGGAGGUGCCGGACUGCGUGAGGGACUGGAUAUGCCUGCCGGAGGCCAACACGGGACGAGCGGUGAGGUUUGGACGGCUGCCGGGGCCGUUGCGGAGGGAUGAGGGGGGCUGGCGGGAUAUCUGGGGGUUCGAGGGUACCUGA